AUGGGUUUUAUAAUACCUGGCUGUAGAACCAAGGACUUCCAUAAAAUCUCAUCAAUACAUCGGAAAACAGCUACACCUCAUAAUGAAAAAACCAGAAAUAAGAAAAAAUACAAUCAACAUGUUAAAAAUUUACUAGCACAGCAACAAGUAGAAUGUACUAGCUACAAAAAUAAUUUGACUAUUGAAACAAUACCAGCCAUUGUAAAGAAAGCUCCAUUGAGGGAGUGUUUAUCUUUGCAACAUUUACCAAUAGAAAUACUAGAAAUAAUAUUCAUAUAUUGUGGGAAAAAUAAUGUUCUCCCCUUGUUAAACAGAUACUUCCUUGAGAUAUUCAGCAAUCCUUCCUCUAAAUUGGUUUUAAAAUAUAUUAUGCACACACAUAUUCACUACGUUGAUAACAAAAAUUCUGUGUUUUUCAGUUUAUCUGCUCUAAAUAACAAACUAUUGUUAUCCGUUAUAAACAAUAACUUAUUUACAAUAUUUAAAAAUGUUACAAAUGUUGUUACACACGAAGAUGAAAUUCGUUAUUAUCGAACUGACGAGCCUUCGAUCACGUUAAAAAAAACAAAAGUUCCUGCUUUCCCGGCUAUUUUUUACAAUGAUGCCGAUAUCAUAAAGGAAUAUAUAUUUGAUCCACUUAAGAAUGGUGAUUUAUACGUUACAACCUCCAUUAUAACUUAUUUAUCUCACACGCACUCCAUUGGAUUCCAAUCGCAUGAUAGUUUGAUAUCUAAAAUUGUAGAAGUGUAUCAUAACAAUGUGGAAACCUACUUUACUUCGCAUUUAUCCAAUGUAUUAAAAACCUUAAUCCAUUAUUUAGCUCCAAAUGGAGAAGCUCAUUUUUUAUCAACAUCAGAACCUUUGAUUAAAUUUAUAAAAUCUUUAAAUCAUAAUUUUCCACACGACAAUAUGAUAUAUCAACAAGAACCGCAUUUCGAUAUACUAUAUGCUAGACAGACUAUCUCGAACACAUACAAAAAUGAUAAAUUGACUUACAGAGAUAUUAAGAGAGAGAUGAUUAAAGAAUUUGCAAAUAUAUGUUAUCCUUGUGACAAUAAUUAUGUAGUUGGAUGUUAUAGUGAUGACGAAUUGUGGUAUACUUUGAAAGAAUCCGGUGAUAUGGUGCUUAUGAAGUGGUUUUGGGACAGAGGUGGUGUUCCUAGUAUUUAUAUAAUGAACUCAUAA